AGGUCAGCUCAAACAUGGAGAGAGGAGCAGAGAGACAAAGAGGGGAAGACAGGGAGGUGGUGGUGGAGGAGAGAGGCUCGAAGGAGAGGCCGUGGGGGGAGGCGGAGGCGCUGGCUCUCGUCUCAGUGUGGGAAGAGGUUGGAGCCCAGCAUGGAGCAGAGAGCAGGGCCAGGUUCGAGUUGAUUUCAGAGCGGCUGAGGCGGCUCAGCGUUGUGCGCAGCUGGAGGGAGUGUCAGGCUAAGAGCAGGAGUCUGGGGCUUCAGAGCGGCAGGGCUGACGCAGCAGCAGGCAUGGCGGCUAGCUAUGGCCCGGGACUGGACGGCCGGCCGGCGGAGACCGACUACCUUUCCUCCGUCUCAGUACCAAUGAACGAAGGAAUAAAGGCCAGAAUGCACCCCAGUCUUCCUCUCACGCCCAACGUGACUGAAGAAGGGGGCCGCCACUGGACGGACGACGAGGUGCGGGCGCUGCUGUGCGUCUGGGCCGACCAGCGCGUCCGGGAGCGCCUGAAGAGCACGCUGCGCAACAAGUGCAUCUUCCAGGAGAUGGCCCGCCAGAUGCAGAGGAAGUACGGGGUGGUGCGCAACUGGAAGCAGUGCCGGACCAAGUACAAGAAUCUGAAGUACGACUACAAGACGGCAAAGAGCGCCCACGCCGCGGCGGGCAGCAGCGCAGGAGGCCCUGGGAGGUACAUGAGGUUUUUUGAAGAGGUGGAAGCCAUCUUGCUCGACCAGGGACUGGAGAACGGGACCGAGGAGAUGCAGAGGAGGCUGUACAGCGCAGACACGACAGCGGGGCGGCUGCAGACGCCGCCGGGCAACACGAGACUGCUGACCAUGUCAGACAACGAGAUCAUCAUUGAGAUUGAAGAUGAUGACAACAGUGACGAAUAUGAUAUCGAUGGAGACAUGGAGGCACAAUGGAGAGGGACAGAGGCCCACUUGACACAAGCAGACUCGCCCAGCUCGGACCAGUUCCAAGUGGUCACGGUGUCGGACACCGGCCGCAACUGGAGCGACCAAGAGGUGCAAGCCCUCAUCCAGGUGUGGUCCGACGAACGCGUGUGCAGACAGCUGGAGAGCUCGACCAGAAAGAGGGACAUCUUCGUGCAGAUCUCCAACAGGCUCAUGCAGCAGGGCAUUGAGCGGGACUGGAAGCAGUGCCACACCAAGUACAAGAACCUCAAGUACCUCUACCGCUCCCUCCAGAGGGGCAAGACGGACGAAGCGGAGCGGAAACACCUCAUGAGGUUCUAUGACGAGGUGGACGCCAUCAUGACGCACCGUCCCAACGGCUCGCUGCGUGGCGCGGGCGACGCUGCGGUUUCGCAGGGCUGUGAGGAAAACCGUCGGGUCGACGUAUGUUUGGCAAAGACGAACAGAGGAGCGGCCGUGGAGGAGAAAACCUGUCGUUCUGAUCCCGUCACGGUCACAAGCAAUGAAGACCCCAGGCUGCAAGGAACCAAGGAGCACCAGCCGGAUCAACAUCAGGCCCUGAAGAGCCCCUCUGAGACUCUGGCGGGAAAAGACAGCAACUUUUCAGCAAACAGGGGAACGAAGAGAAAAGCUGCGGAUCAAGACUCCACGCACCAGAAACCAGCAAAACAACCGAACACGGGCCGCGACUCUGCUAGUCAGGUGGAGGCCCAGUGCAAAGAGGAGCAGGAGCACGUUCCCAUAUUAAGGAUCAAAUCUGUGUGCUCCAUGGCCCACUCCAAUCCACCCCCGAGAACACAGGACAGUUUGGUCUCCACCGACACCAUGGCUUCCAGUACAGAGCUGAACAUCGGCCAGAAGCUCAAUGAGGGGAAGACGAAGCAGAUUUUCGAGCUGGCGGACCAGCCCGGCCUGGUUCUGGUGCAGUCCAAAGACCAGAUCACCGCAGGGAAUGCCGUGAGAAAGGAUCAGAUGGAGGGCAAGGCUGCCAUUGCCAACAAGACGACGUGCUGCGUGUUCAAACUGCUCCAGGAAUCUGGCAUUAAGACGGCCUUUGUGAAGCAGCAUUCGGAGACUGCGUUCAUCGCUGCCCGCUGUGAGAUGAUUCCCAUCGAGUGGGUGUGUCGCAGGGUGGCAACCGGGUCCUUCCUGAAGAGAAACCCGGGCGUCAAAGAGGGUUACCGCUUCACCCCGCUGAAGAUGGAGAUGUUCUUCAAGGAUGACGCCAACAACGACCCUCAGUGGUCCGAGGAGCAGCUGCUGGCGGCCAAGUUCAGCCUGGCCGGGCUCGCCAUCGGUCAGUGUGAGGUGGACGUCAUGAACCGCAGCACCGUGGCCAUCUUUGAGAUUCUGGAAAAGGCUUGGGCUACUCAGAACUGCACGCUGGUGGACAUGAAGAUCGAGUUUGGCGUGAACGUGAAGACGGCGGAGAUCGUCCUCGCCGACGUCAUCGACAACGACUCUUGGAGGCUGUGGCCGGCUGGAGAUCGGAGCCAGCAGAAAGAUAAGCAGGUGUACCGAGACCUGAAGGAAGUUACUCCUGAAGCAAUGCAGAUGGUGAAGAGGAACUUUGAGUGGGUUUCUGAAAGGGUCCAGCUCCUCCUGGAGCCCCAUGCCAGCGGCAGGGUGGUGGUUCUGAUGGGCUCCACCUCUGACAUGGCUCACUGUGAAAAAAUCAAGAAGGCCUGUACUUCCUAUGGACUCCCCUGCAUCCUGAGGGUCACCUCUGCCCACAAAGGCCCAGAUGAGACCCUCCGUAUAAAAGCAGAAUAUGAAGGUGAUGGGGUCCCCACCAUAUUUGUAGCUGUGGCCGGCAGGAGUAACGGCCUGGGGCCGGUGAUGUCUGGAAACACUGCUUAUCCCGUCAUCAACUGCCCCCCUCUCACUCCAGACUGGGGAGCACAGGAUAUCUGGUCAUCCCUCCGUUUGCCGAGUGGCCUGGGCUGCUCCACGAUCCUCUCUCCUGAUGCCGCGGCUCAGUUUGCGGCCCAGAUCGUCGGCUUGAGCAACCACCUGGUGUGGUGCAAGCUGAGGGCCUCCAUGCUCAACACAUGGGUGUCUCUCAAGCUGGCUGACCAAAAACUACAGGCCUGCAGCCUCUAAGUAGCUUAGACCAACGUGUGCCCUACACCCACACCAUGCCUUUGUUUGCCCUUUAACUGUAGACGUUCCUUAGUCAUUCCAUUAAAACAAAAAGAAAGAAUAAAA